AUGCAAGCGGUGCGACUGAUCCAACGUACUUUUUGCGGCGUGCUGCAGAGACCGGCUGCGCUGUUAUGCGCUCCUGCAACGCUCCGCCCGGUCAGCAAGCCGCUGCUCGUGCAAGGCACCUGGACACUGCCGACCAAGUCGGAUGUUUACCAGACCGCGUUGGCGAAGCUGUACGCUGCCCGCGUGUGGGCAACGAUACCACGGGCGUGGUACGCAACAAGCGUGGACAGCGACGAGAAGACGCUGGAGCGACUGCGGGAGCGGCAGGCGGUAUUGGAAGGUGCUCGCGUCGAGCUCAACGAAGCCGACCUCGAGGAGACCUUUGUGAAAGGCGGCGGCCCUGGUGGCCAGAAAGUGAACAAGACAUCUUCGUGUGUAAUACUGCGACAUACUCCUACUGGAAUAGUCAUUCGCUGUCAAGCGUUUCGGUCCCAGUUCCAGAAUAGACAGGAGGCCCGCCGCCUUCUCGCGCGAAAACUCGAUCUGCAGCUGCGGGGAGAGGCUUCCCAGGUUUCUCAGGAAAUCGCCCGCAUACGUGCAAGAAAGCGGAAACGGCAGCAACGGGUCAUGAAAAAAUAUUUCAAGAGUCGGUCCGAUCAAGCUCGACUUGAUUCGUGA